UCCAUUUUGACAACCAACUAACAAACACGUGCCCGAUGUAUAUGGGCUCGUGUUAUUUUAUAAAAUAAAACAUGUCUAUGUUAGCGGGUCCACGUCGUAAACAGAAAGUUAUUAAUUUGCGUGCUAAGAAUAAUGCGUGGAGCAAUGACAGCAGUAAAUUUGGCCAGCGUAUGCUUGAGAAAAUGGGAUGGAGCGAAGGAAAGGGGUUAGGCGCUAAGGAGAACGGAAUAGUGGAACAUGUAGUGGCAAGAUACAAGAAUGACGACAAAGGCCUAGGCUUUGAAGACAGGAACGACCAAUGGACCAAGCAUGAAGACGAUUUUAAUGCGUUGUUGGCGAAUUUAUCCAAUGGUAAUGACAAAGAAGAACAACUUCAUAGCGGCAUUUCUCUAGAAGUCAAAUCAAAGAAAAGCAAAGCCCGAAUUCACUAUCACAAGUUUACUCGAGGGAAAGAUAUUGCACGCUACAGCGAAAAAGAUCUAGCUAACAUAUUUGGCAAGAAAAGUUUGAAGGGCGAAGAAAAGAAAGACGAAGAAGUACAAAUUGAAGAUUUAAAAGCAACUGAACAGGUGUUUACAGAGAAGGGCAGCAUGGAGGAUUACUUUAAAAGUAAGUUAGCAGCUUUUAAAAACAAAGCUAAUGUUUCUUGCCUGAAUAGUCAUAAUGAAGUAAGCAAUGAUGCAGACUACAGUUUUAAAGGAUUCUCUCAAGGGAGUGAUGAUGAUACAGUGACAAAACACACUGACCAAGGAUUCGGAUUUCAAGGUUUCUCUUUUUAUGGCUCAAAAGAAAAUAAUGAGAUUGAAAAAGAAAAUGAGGCAUGUGACGAAAUUACAGAAGUUUCUCAGAAAAGUAAGAAAAAGAAAAAGUCUAAAGAGAAAAAUAAUGGUGUAAAACAAAGUAAUGAAAUAGAAGGUGAUGUCAACAAUGAGUACCAGCAUGUUUCAGAAGUUUGCCAACAAUUAUCUAAGAAGAAAAAGAAGUCUAAAAACAAGAAUGUUGAAUCAGUUGAACACUGUAAUGAGGUUGAUUCAAAUGGAGAUGUUGUGAAUGACCACAACCAUGAGUUACUGACUGAUAUUCCUGAACAACCUCGAAAGAAGAAGAAAGGGUCUAAAAAGAAGAAAAAUGAUUCUGAUCAAGACAGUAAUGAGAUCACAUCCAAUAAUACUGCUCAAAAUGUGUCUGAAAACACUGACAAUGAAGGCCCUAAAAAAAGAAAGAAAAAAGGUAUACCAGAAGAAAAACAAGAAUUUAAUGAAAUUGUAGUUGAGGAAGAAAUUCAUGUGCCGAAGAAAAAGAAGAAAAGGAAAAAUAAAGAUGUUGAUAAUUAAAAUAAAACUCUAUUUAUACAAAA